AUGGCCCAGCUCCCGCCAGACGCUGCCAUAUUCUCACCAACAGUCGCACGCAUCGCCGCGUCAACGGCAAAGGACUGGAACUACGUCGACCGCUGGCUUGCUGCCAAGUACAACGGCCGCACUGUGCCCCAAUUUGAACGCAAUCCGGAGACACUCAAGGCCCUUCUCGCCCUGGCUACACUCAACGAGACGUCGGACGAGAACCGGCACCUGAUCAGCCAGGUUGACGCCGCGGCACUCCGGGAUAUCCACGCAGCCAGGGGUGCAAAGCAAGAAGCGGCCGAUGAGGGCGACCGGGCACCGGUAGACCUCGCCUCCUUCAGGAAUGAAUUCUACGGCGCCCUGGAAGACAACCUUAGCACCGAAGGAAAGACAGCCCUGGACGCAAUGGCCUCUUCUGCUGGCCACCUAGGCAUCGCGUACCCGGAGCCAGCAUCGCUAGCGCGGGCCAUGCUCGACCUCCAGAUGAGGCUCUUUGACCUGGAACAAGCUGCUUCCCGCGUCGAGACCCUCCAGGGCAUGGUCAAGGCCGAAUCCGCCAGCCUGGACGAGCUGCUCGAGGACGUCCGCGGCGACGAGUACCGGGCCCCGGCCGACCUGGCACGGCACAACCUCGACCUACAGCGCAAGCUCAAGGCCAUGUCCAAGAGGCUACCCGAAAUGCAGAGCAAACUGGCAUCUCUGGCACGCACGGUCGGCGUGCCCGAACCAACCAUUCAGCAGGUCGGCGAGGAAGAGGCAAGGUACCUGGAGUCUCUCGACAUCCGGCGCCGCCUAGACCAGCAGGUCGGCGAGUUUGAGGGCUUGCCGGCAGACGUGGAUCGUGCUCGUCAGCAGCUUGACCGGCUUCGGGACGAGCUGCGCACUAUCACGGGGCGGCGGGACGCCGUUUUCGAGGGGCUUGUGGAGAGGGAGACUCCGCGGAAGGCAAGGUGA